CACAGCGCUACUGUGCGCUACAUCCGGGCUCUUCCCAGGGGUGUCACAAGCCUGCGAAGAUGGCGGCGGCAGGGAGGACUACACUAUUAUCUGCUAACACUAAUGUUCAUAACAGUACAACAGAGAACCAGAAUACGGACGAGGAGGAUGGACAGAAUCUCUGGUCGUCUAUAUUGAGUGAAGUAUCAACGCAUUCACGGUCUAAACUGCCAUCCGGGAAGAAUGUGGUGGUUAUGGGUGAGGUGGGUUCUGGUAAGACCACGUUGGUGGCGAAAAUGCAAGGAGUGGAAGAGUAUAUGCGGGGGCGUGGCUUAGAAUAUCUAUACUUCAGCGUUCACGAUGAAGACAUUGACGACCACACGCGCUGUAACGCCUGGGUGCUGGACGGCGACCUGUACCACAAAGGCCUGCAGAAGUUCGUGCUGUCUGCGGAGAGCCUGCCCCACUCCGUGGUGCUGCUGGUGGUGGACCUGUCUCGGCCGUGGCUCGCCCUCGACUCCCUGCAGAAGUGGGCCAGCGUGCUGAGGGAACACAUCGACAAGCUCCGAGUCCCGCCAGAGACCAUGAGAGAGCUGGAGCACAGAUUGGUGAAGCAGUUUCAGGAGUACGCGGAACCAGGAAGUUCCUUAGAAGCAGUAACACAGCGCCGAAACCCAGACCAAGAGGAGGAGAGUGUCUUACUACCGCUGGGGGAAAACACACUAACACACAACCUGGGGCUGCCCAUAGUGGUGGUCUGCACUAAGGGUGACGCCAUCAGUACCCUGGAGAAGGAGCACGACUACAGAGACGAGCAUCUCGACUUCAUUCAGUCACACGUCAGGCGCUUCUGUCUGCAGUACGGGGCGUCUCUCCUCUACACGUCCAUGAAGGAGAGUAAGAACCUGGACGUCCUCUACAAGUACCUGGUGCACCGCCUCUACGGCUUCCCCUUCAACAUGGCCGCCCAGGUGGUGGAGAGGGACGCCGUCUUCAUUCCAGCAGGGUGGGACAACGAGAAGAAGAUCUCCAUCCUGCACGAGAACUUCCAGACGCUGAAAGUAGACGACGUGUUUGAGGAGGCCAUCGUGAAGCCACCCGUGAGAAAGUUCGUCCACGAGAAGGAGGUUUUGGCUGAAGACGACCAGGUGUUUCUGGUGAAACUACAGUCCCUGAUGGCAAAGCAACCACCUGUCACAGCUGGCAGACCAGUGGACCCGACCAACAGAGCCCCCUCUGGCUCACCACGGACCACUAACCGUUCUACGGCGGCUAACGUGGCUAACGUCAUGCCCAUGCAAUCAGGUACAAAGAAGAUCGAUCCCAACAUGAAAGGGGGCCAGACCAGUGAGGGGGUGCUGGCUAACUUCUUUAACAGUCUGCUCACUAAGAAGGCGGGUGCACCUGGACCAGGUGGGCAACCAGCCACAGGCAGCAGUACACCUGGCACAGUCAGGAAGUCAGGUUCUAAGCUGGGACUGACAGAUGUACAGGCUGAACUAGAUCGGAUCUCCAGCAAAUCAGAACUGGACUCAGCCAACUCCGACACGCCCCCUGCAGAAAACGACCAAUCAUGAGAAGGGGGCAGGGAUACACCCAUCAUGCUCCGCCUCCUGCUUCACUGCUCUCCACUCACCCUUACCUGUCCCUCCCCUUGCCCCUCCCCCACUCAAGCCCCUCCCCCUUACACACCUGCGCUUGUGCUUUCAGACAACUAACAGCUGCAUGCUGUAAGAAGGGCCUCUCUCUACCACACACACUAUAUACACACACACACUACAAACACACACAUCCACACACAUAUACUAUCCACACACACACACACACACACACACACACACCCAUAUACACACACACACACACACAUAUAUACACACACACUUUCUUUGUGGCCUGUUAGUUUCUCUAUGUGUAAUUGACUUGAGAGGAGAGGGCAUGCUUGGGUGCUGGAGCAGCAGAGGAGUAGAUAGACCUUCUCAUGUGUAGAGUGUAGAUCUCCAGAGUUAGUUACUCAUCUCAUCUUCUCUGCUUCGUGAAGCGUGCAGGGGGGCAAGGAUGGGGGGGUGGUGCAGUCCCACCCAAGAACAUUUAUAAAAAAAGGGAAUUUGGCCUCAGAAUCCACAGGGAGGAGGGGAUCAUUGUAAAACCCCUGCAGUGUGUGUGUGAGAGAGAGAGAUCGUGUGUGUGUGUGUCACAGUUGAUAAUGUAGAACUGCACACACACACACACACACACACACACACACACACACACGUUGUGUCACUCCUAUAUACAGUCAUUUGGGUUCUUUCUCAUUUUUUUUUCAUAUGAAUGCCACUGGUGAUGAGUUCAGACAGAAAUUGUUUUCAGCUCGAACUUCUUGCUUUUUCUAAUUUAUGUGUUGUAGUCAGUAUUCUAAAGCAGUGUUUCUGGGGACAGGUCAAAGGUUAAAGGUCAGACGUGGCAGGAAGUUGCAUCGCACAGGGGAGGAAAUGAAUCUGAUGGAGGCGUUCGUGUUUAAAAAUAAAAAAAAAUAAAAAAUAUUCCUAUUUUCUCGUUGAGCCCCCUGGACGGUUAUGCACGUGAAGAGGUCAUCACAGGGAGCUGUGAAAUCGCCCAACCUGCCCCUGUCUGUGAUUCUCCCCUGUUGCACAGGUCAAGGGUUGAAGGUCAAAGGUCGACGGUCAUGUUAGGUGAAAAGAAGUGAAAGGAACAGUGUUGAAACCGGUUCUAGGUGGGCUUCAGAGAGCCUCUAACUAACACACACACACACCACGCGGUCGUCAGGGUGAACUGUUAAGAUCUAGUGCCCAUCUGUUAAGAUCUAGUGCCCAUCUGUUAAGAUCACGUUAAGAUCUAGUGCCCAGUAUCUGCAGAUCUGGGCGAGCUGUAGUCUAGAAACAAUGGCUAGUCUGCUGUUCUUCACACACAGUCACCCAGACGGCAUCGACUCUGACACUGUAAUAACGUGUGUGUGUGUGUGUGUGUGUGUGUGUGUGCGCUUGCACCUGCGUGCACCUGCGUGAGUGCGCGUUCGUGCGCCUGCGUUAGUGUAUAUGUGUUUGAGUGUGUCUGCAUAUGUGAGUGAGUGUGUGUGUGUGUGUGUGUGUGUGUGUGAGGGGGAGAGUAGACAUGUACAGAUAAUGUUACAGUAAAUGCUAGACAUUAGUUGCAAAAGUGGUGAGGUGGAGGGGGGUGCAGUCAUGUGUCACUCCUGGAGAAUGUACAGUCAUCAUUGUCAAACUUGAAGAAAACAAAAAGAACAAAAAAAAAAAACUGAAAACACGGCCCUGUAAUUUCUCACUCUGUAGUGAUGUUUGUAUGGAUCAGGUUUGUUGUCAUUCAAUUAAAGGUGUAUUUAUUGGAAGAAAA